GUCUAUCGCCGACUGUGCGACUUAUUGUAUGUAUUAAUACGUCGCCGUCACUUCUCGUUUUCUUGAGAUCAGGUCCAACAUUGUCCUGUUCCAAUAUCCUAUGAAUUCCCUUAGACGACAAACCAGCGAGGUGUUCUUUCAACCCAAGGGCGACCGCGAGCAUUGAGCGACAUGGACACUAGUUUCUCCGCCAGCGCGAUGCUCCCCGGCGGCGGCGGGAACGGUGAAGACAUCGUCACCAACUCGACCUUCCUCAUGAACCGCCCUGAAGAGCUCAACUUCCUGAGUUCGCCGGACGCCGCCUCCAGCGACGGCUCCACGUGCACGCAGCAGGACACAGCCUCCCGAGCCGCUGCACCACGGCCGGCGCCAACGAAGGCCGGGGACUUGUCCGUGGCAGUGGCCAACUUCGUCCAGCAGCUCUUCCCGUCCCUGGUGGCCAAGACCCUGCCGCCGUGCCUGGCCUUCUUCUGCCCCCACAUCGCCAGGCGCAUCGAGCACGCCUCGGCGAAGGAGACGGAGCACGUGCUGCAGCGUCUCAAGCGGCACAUGCGCGUCAACGAGGACGGCUCCCUGACCAUGUCGCUCGUGGCCAUGUCCAUGCUCAGGCUCCACCCCAGCGUGGUGGAGUGGCCGUCCAGGAGACACGCGGACGCCAAGGACAUCCGCCUGCCGCUGCUCAUCCGGGAACGGCUGUCCUGCGGCAAGUUCGUGCCCAUGGAACACAUACUGUACGGCGAGUGCAUGAUGGAGGGCACGGUGUGCCACGUGGAUGCCCUGGGCAAGGACGUGCCCCCGGAGCCCUACCCGCUGAACGUCAGGAAGCAGCUGCCACCGGUGGACUUUGUGGAGGCGACGACGCGGUGCGACGUGCUGCGCGGCUUCACGACGCACGGCAUGUGCCUCGCUCGGCGGUUCCCUGUGCUGGCCGCCUCCAUGCACGGCCUCGUGCACCACCUGUGGGAGCUCAUGUUCACCGAGAAGAUGACGGCGGUGACCGGCAUGAAGGUCUACAACGCCUACUUCGAGGAGUUCGAGAAGCAGCUGUCGCUGGUGACGGUGCUCGCGAUGGACAGGUUCCCCGAGUGGCUUCUGGAGAGGGCGGCGCCACGGGAGCCUGAGGGCACCGGCGACAAGGCGGCGGGUACGCCGUAGGCCUCGGCCAGGAGCAAAGUACUGUCUAUUUCUAUAUCAUGCUUCUUAUCCAGCUUUAAUUUUUUAUAGUUUUUGUACAAAUGCUAUAUAUCGCAAAUAUAUUCUUGGACUAAAAGUAAAAA